AUGUCUCAUACUCGCACUGCAGCCUCUAAUCCCCGAGCAUUCCACAAUACUACAUCCCCUUCUCCAAGUAUCAGAGGACAUUCGCAUGAGCCACGCAACCAAAGACCUCUUCACACCACGACUCCAUCGGCGUUUUAUUGGCCUGACUUUGGUGAAGCAUUAUCAAUAAAGGAGGAGAAAUUACCUACCGCGCUGCACCUUCAAGAUGAUUAUACCCAAUCGGACGGAGAACUCGAAGGCGAUGAACACUCUGAUCUUGCGCUUGAGGCUGCUAAAGCUGAACGAAAGGUGUACGAGGCUAAGAAGCACCUGGCCGACUGCAUUUUGGCACACCAAUCGGUGAUUCUUGACAUCUGGCGUCAGCGCGUCCAGGCCGCGAAUUCUGAUUUGUUGACGGCGGAGCUCAAUGUUGGACGCCUCCAUACAGAGCGGAAGAAAAUAAGUAUCUCAAUGUCCAUGACUCGGGGUCACUCAGAUGGUACAACAACAGUCGGUACCUCGUCCUCAUACUAA